AGCGCCCUCGGCGGGCUGCUGGGUGACCGCUCCCCCGUCCGCCGCGCCCCGCUGCCCCUUUCCAGCGGGAGCCGCGAUCCCCUUCGCCGCGCUUCUCCUCAGGCUCUGUCCCGAUGAGGGAGUCCGGCACUUGUUGCUAACGCGAUGGUCACCGGCCCGGCCGAGCAGGCAAGGGACCGCUGAGCCCGCCGCGGGAGAGCUCCGCUGCGGCUGCCGUCGACGGCCCGGCCCCUUCGGGUUGAUCCGAGGGGUUGUUUCCUCUCAGCCCCCGGCGGUGUGAGGACUGCUCUCGUUGGGGAUCGCGGCCGUAGGACCCCCGCUGCCCACCCCGGAUGGUGACUGCGGGCUGAGGGGGCACCGCCAGAAGCCGCCUGUUCUUUGCUGCCCGCGACUGGCCUCCCUCGGCAGGAGCAAAGAUGUCUUUUUUCAACUUUCGGAAGAUCUUCAAGCUAGGUGGUGAGAAGAAGAAGAAACAAUACGAGCACGUCAAGAGGGAUUUGAACCCUGAGGAGUUCUGGGAGAUUAUAGGAGAGCUGGGAGAUGGUGCUUUCGGAAAAGUGUUCAAGGCUCAGAACAAAGAAACGAAAGUUCUGGCUGCUGCGAAGGUGAUUGAUACUAAAUCAGAAGAAGAACUUGAAGAUUACAUGGUUGAGAUUGACAUAUUAGCAUCCUGUGAUCAUCCUAAUAUUGUUAAGCUCCUAGAUGCUUUCUACUAUGAAAACAAUCUGUGGAUCCUGAUCGAAUUUUGUGCAGGUGGAGCAGUAGAUGCAGUAAUGUUGGAGCUUGAAAGGCCAUUAACAGAGCCGCAGAUCAAAGUGGUGUGCAGGCAGACACUGGAAGCAUUGAACUACUUGCAUGAAAAUAAGAUCAUCCACAGAGAUCUAAAAGCUGGCAAUAUUCUUUUCACGUUAGAUGGAGACAUUAAACUAGCGGAUUUUGGAGUAUCAGCUAAAAACACAAGAACAAUACAAAGAAGAGAUUCUUUUAUUGGUACACCAUAUUGGAUGGCUCCAGAAGUAGUAAUGUGCGAGACCUCUAAAGACAGACCUUAUGAUUACAAGGCUGACAUUUGGUCUCUUGGCAUUACUUUAAUAGAAAUGGCUCAAAUAGAGCCACCUCAUCAUGAAUUAAAUCCAAUGCGAGUGCUUCUGAAAAUAGCAAAAUCUGAUCCACCUACAUUAGCACAGCCCUCAAAAUGGUCAUCAGAUUUUAAAGAUUUUCUGAAGAAAUGUUUGGAAAAGAAUGUAGAUGCAAGGUGGAGUGCGACUCAACUUCUACAGCAUCCAUUUGUUACUGUUACUUCCAAUAAACCAAUAAGGGAACUGAUCGCAGAAGCUAAGGCUGAAGUUACGGAAGAAGUUGAAGACGGUAAAGAUGAGGAUGAAGAAGAAGAAACAGAUAAUUCUCUGCAGUUACCUGCAGAGAAGCGUGCCUCCUCUGACCUUAGUAUUGCCAGCUCUGAAGAGGAUAAGCUUUCACAGAAUGCCUCCGUUCUGGAAUCUCUUUCUGAGAAAACAGAAAAUAAUGCAAUUGAGGACAAAGCCAGCACGAUAUUUCCAGAUGGCAAAACAACUGGAGAUGAAUCUGAGGACGUUAGUAAAAUGGCUGAUAACAUACAUGAUAGUACUGUUGGUGAUAGGAAAGUGCAGAAUGGAUCUGUGCCAACUGGUGAAGGUGAGGAAGGCAAAAUAGUGCUAGCUGAAAAGAGUACAGAAAGCCUAGAAAAACUACAUGAAGAUACAGAACCCCAGAAAGGAGGAGAAGAACUUGAUGUAGUAACAAAAUCAGAAAUAAAGGAUGAACCCCACCUAAAAACAGAGAAGGAAAAUGACAUGGUAAAUGAACAAGCAGAAGAUAAUAAGCUAAAAAUAGUACCUACAACUGAAAAUAACAUAGAAACUGAAGAAGCCAUUUCUAGUGAAACUGGUGAAAAAGAAGAGAUGGAGAACAGAACAGAUCUCUCUGAAAGUAAGGAAGAAAAGGUCCCUGCAGAAAAUGCUACAGAGCAAAAGGAAGAUAAAGGUGAAGCUCAUAAAGAGGCUGUAAGAGACACCACUGCAGAAAGUCUACCUAAUGCUGCAGAUGAAGUGGCUGAUGAAGAAAAGGAACUAAUAAAGCAUGGAAUUGACGACGUUAAGGAGAUAGGUGGUAUUGCUGAAAUACAGAUCAGUGAUGGGGAUAAAAUACCUGAGCCGGAGGAUAAGCCAGUGGAAAGUCAGGCUAAGCAGGUCCAUGAGAUAAUCAGCUCUGAAGAAACUGUAUCAGAAAGCCAAGAUAAAGUGAUCAAAGUAGACAAGAAACUGUCAGAAAGUGAAAAUGAGAAUAUUAGUAAUAUAAGCAGCAUGGAGAUCAAAGACUCUGGGAAAGACGACGUAGACCACAGGGCAAUACAGAACAAGCCUGAGGAUACGUCUGCUAAAGUGGAGGAUAAACUGACUGAUAUGAACCAGAGUUCGGAAGAGAGCAGACCCAAGAAUAUCCAGGAAAACAAUAUUCAGAUAGACAAAGAACAUUCGGAAGUUAUUUCUGAUGACAUAGUAAAGAAUAAGCUUCAAGAUACUGUCAAUGAACAAGCUGAUGAUUCUGAAGUCACUCCAGUCCCCAGUAUUAGCAUUAGCACUGAAGAAAAAGAGAAGGUCAAAACAGAUAACCAAGACAAUACAGAAACGUUGCAACAGCUAGAAUCGGAGAAUAUGAAGGAAAAUGAUGCAGAUUCAGGCACUGGUUCUACGGCUGAUAACAGCAGCAUUGAUUUGAACUUAUCAAUUUCUAGUUUCCUUAGUAAAAACAAAGAGACAGGAUCAAUAUCUUUACAGGAAACUAGAAGACAGAAGAAAACUUUAAAGAAAACUCGGAAGUUUGUUGUUGAUGGAGUGGAAGUGAGUGUAACCACAUCAAAAAUAGUUACUGAAAAUGACUCCAAAAGUGAAGAAAUGCGAUUUUUACGACGUCAAGAGCUAAGAGAGCUGAGGCUUCUUCAGAAAGAGGAGCAGAGAGCCCAACAGCAGCUCAGUAAUAAGCUUUUGCAACAGCGAGAACAGAUGUACAGGCGUUUUGAACAGGAAAUGACAAAUAAAAAGCGACAAUAUGAUCAGGAAAUAGAGAAUCUAGAAAAGCAGCAGAAACAGACAAUAGAGCGCCUGGAGCAGGAACACACAAACCGCUUACGAGAUGAAGCAAAACGCAUCAAAGCAGAACAGGAGAAGGAAUUGUCCAAAUUCCAGAAUAUGCUGAAGAACAAAAAAAAAGAGGUUUUAUGUGAAGUGGAGAAAGCACCAAAAGAGCUGAGAAAAGAGCUCAUGAAACGCAAGAAAGAGGAGCUUGCACAAAGCCAGCAUGCUCAGGAGCAGGAAUUUGUGCAGAAGCAGCAACAAGAGCUGGAUGCAUCUCUGAAGAAAAUUAUUCAGCAGCAGAAGACAGAGCUAGCCACUAUUGAACGGGAUUGCCUCAACAACAAGCAGCAGCUCAUGAGAGCUCGUGAAGCUGCCAUCUGGGAGCUGGAAGAGCGACAUCUACAAGAGAAACACCAGCUCCUCAAGCAGCAGCUCAAAGAUCAGUACUUCAUGCAGAGACACCAGCUGCUUAAGAGGCAUGAAAAAGAAACAGAACAGAUGCAGAGAUAUAAUCAACGCCUGAUCGAGGAGUUAAAGAACAAGCACACUCAGGAAAGAGCCAGACUGCCUAAAAUCCAGAGGAGUGAAGCAAAGACUCGAAUGGCAAUGUUUAAGAAGAGUUUAAGAAUCAAUUCAUUGGCCUCUCCAGACCAAGACCGUGAGAAGAUUAAGCAGUUUGCUGUGCAAGAAGAAAAGAGGCAGAAGAAUGAGAGACUGGCUCAGCAUCAGAAACACGAAAACCAAAUGAGGGACCUUCAGCUACAGUGUGAAGCCAACAUCAGAGAACUGCAUCAGUUACAGAAUGAAAAAUGCCAUCUACUGGUUGAGCAUGAGACACAGAAGCUAAAAGAGCUGGAUGAAGAGCACAGCCAAGAACUGAAGGAAUGGAGAGAGAAAUUGAGACCAAGAAAAAAGACGCUGGAAGAAGAAUUUGCCAGGAAACUGCAGGAACAGGAAGUUUUCUUUAAAAUGACUGGAGAAUCGGAAUGCCUUAACCCUUCAACACAAAGCCGCAUUUCCAAAUUCUAUCCAAUCCCCAGCCUUCACUCCACUGGCCCCUAACUCUGGGGUAUUUCAUACUUGGAAUUCUCCAUCCUCAUCAUCUAACCCAACUGGAUCUGCGGUGUACAUCAAAGGACCUCCUGCUCUUUAUUUUCAGUGGAGACAAUCAGUGUCAGGAUCCGUUUCUUUACUUCUCUGAAUGGAAGAAAAGAAGAAAGGUGUUGGUGUAUGAUGGUAAUGUUGUGUCCUUCGGAUGUUUCAAGAGUAACUGGGGUUUUUAUCUUGGUCCCAAAAGUAAGUUAUAGACUGUUUUGACUUUAAGCCUGAAAGAUUGAUUAUACUCUUUCUGAUCACAAAAAGAAACGGUUUCUCAUGUGAACAUUUAAACAGUGUAAUAUUGGUUCUGCUACUGUGUUUCUCAGUGUCUGAUUUUCUCCACGAGAGAAUUCCACAAUUGAAACGGCCGUGAGAGGUUUAAAACUCUAUAAUGCUGAGCAGUGUCUUCAUAGCAAGGACUGAAAUGAAUUACUCAGAACAUGCCAAUAAUGAGAAACCCUCAUGUUUAAACCUGACUGGUAAAAGCAAAUGCCUUUGCAACCUCUUUGAAAAGAAACCUCUGGCAUGAAUUAAACUGAGCUGAUCUCCAUGACAUAUUUUGUCCAUUAGUUCCAUAAUGAAAUGGGGUGCUAGUUUAAUUAAUACAGUGCCUGAAACAGAUAUGCUGAACCUGGCAACAGGGUGGCAUUUCAUCAUUUAAAGAAACAAAUACUCCUUAGCAUUGUUGUUACUGUACAGAACAGAAGAUUUCUUGCUGCUACUGCCAUUUUUGUUGUAAAUCCUCACCCUAAAAUAUUUUGCACUAAAAUAUGUAAAGGUGAAAGAAAUGCUAACUUUAAAAAUGCACAGUUUAUUAUUUUCCUUAGCUAUUCCAGGGGGUUAGUUCUACAAAUUGAACACUGUAGAAUGUAUUUUUUAGGAAGCGUUGUGCACCAUGCACGUGGUUUCUCUAACUGAACCUGCAAUGGGUAGAGCCAUUUUUCUGUUCUUACCAAAGCCUCUUCAUUUAAACUCCAUCGGGCAAGUGGAGCUGGGUGGUCAUAUUUAUAAAUACCCACAGCUAAGUCUGAUUUGGUUGGAAGUGUUAGAUUUGAUGGGGUUUUUUAGUCAUUUUAUUUUAUAGAAAGAUUUAAGUUAAAUAUACAGACAAACUACGUUAUGAAGCUGGGGUUUUGCUUUUGUGUUGCCAUGUACUAACAUAGGCAGGUUUUAUUUUUCAUAGAUGUACAAUAAGUUAUUGACGUGACUUGAUCUGCAGUGGAAAAAAUCCGAGAUGUAGGGGAAAUACAGCUCUAUUGGGUCACUUUUACUGCACUCUUUUGGUGGUUAAGAGUCAUAUCAAGGCAGUGUUACCAGCUCUACUUUGGUAUGCUGGCGAUCGGUUUGUGAAGUAAGUACUUGCUUUCUGUCCUUUGAAGCCUGACUUAUAGGCUGUUUGGGUAUCAGCUGUAUGCGUUCUGUUUUGCUGGCUUGUGUUAAACGUGCAACUGGUGACCUUUACAUGGCGUUCAUUUCAUGGGAACAGUAUUGAUGCAUGUGAAUGAAGUCAUACAUUAACACAGGACUUUGAUCAGAUGUGGCUGAAACCUUGGAUGCUGAAAUCCUCGGACGUUGAAGUGUCUUCAUUGAUCACCUCAAUGAAGAUAUUGAAUUUACAGCACGGGAAAAUACAACUGAUUUGGAAAAUGCAUGUUUUAAUUUAAAUUUUGUAACUUUUUGAUAGAAUAAGUACUUUAUAGCUAGCCUUAACUCCUGGCAUUUUAUUAUAUAACUGUGUAUUGUGUACUGUUGUAAAUCCACAUCCCAUAUCUCUAGAAUGUUACCUAUUGCUAAAUGCAAAGUUCUUUACCCUGUUCCUUCAGGAGGGUGGAAAGAGUCCUUGAAGGCCUUUUUAAGCUCCACCACCAUAAAUUGACUGUUACUAAAAUAACAUUAAAUAAUCCUCAUCUUUAACAGAGUUUGUUGGCAGUUCCGCACAAAGCAAGCUCAGUGCUCUACUUGGGGAGCAGGCAGGGCAAGCACAUUUCCCCUCCUGGAUUAUCUUUACCUUCAUCCACAUUAAACCCUUGGUGGGAAAGGUUAAUCCUCUCCUUACACUUUUGGCAGUUCCAGUGAUGAUUUGCUAAUAUAUAUUGACAAACUGUUUACCUCAGUCUAAAUCUUAUAAAUGUUUUACUUGAAGACCCUUUUCACACCAGCCUGGUCUCAUGGUCAGUUGUAACUAUUUAGGUUCUGUGACAGAGGGGGGAUUGAAUGUGGUGAAUCAGGGUUGCAGGUGUGGAGCACUGUGAACCAUGCUGAGGCUUGGUAGCAAGUGUGAAAAGGUGUUUUUCUAGGGGAUUACAGGCACUAGCCUGGGUACUUAGACAUUUAGACUGAUAACAUUGGGUUUAAGUAUUGCAGAACAUGAAGCAGGUGUACAAUAUUGUAUCAGUGUCAGAAAAUUCAGUUCAAAUUAACUUAGUCUCACACAGGCCUGGAAGAGAUCUCCUGAGAUGCAAAAUCCAAUCUCUUUUGUAUCACGUCACCUCCCUUUAAUAAAUGUUAGGAGCUCCAUCCCUGCAGUAGUUAGGUGUAUUUUCUUCACAAAACAAUGCACUUUGUUACUCAGUGUUCAGCAGAUCUCAUAUCCCCCCCCCCCCCGUGUCCUUCAUAAGACAAACCACCUUUGUGUUUUACUACAUCAUAAAUGCUGCCCCCAGGAAAAUGAACAAAGGCAGUGAAUGUGUGAAUUGCAGUGCAAUGUAUUGGUUGGUUGUCCAGUAUUUACAGCAGCCUCUGACAGGUUCAGCCCUCACAACUUGUUCUUCCUGAGCUCUGAGAGCAGAGUUUGGCACCUGCAAAGUCAGCUUUGUUGGGAAUAGGGCCUUGGAAGGGUGGGAGCCACUGGCUCUGUUCACAUCCUGUCAAUACUAGAACCCAGCUGCUUGCAGGAUCCUCUGCCUAUGCAGCAGUGCUUGCAGCCCAAGGAGACCUCUGGCUGGGUGAACCUCACAUGGUCUUGCUGCCCCUGUGCUUAGGAGCUUCUGCAUCUUGAAUAAAUUGGGCAUCUCUCCAGGAUGGGGCUGUCUCAGGUGCGGUUACCAGUGAGGAGGAUUCAGGCUGUGGCUCAGCCUUGGCCUCCUGAGUCCCAGGGAAGCUUUGCUUCACUUUGGUGAAGGGGGAAUAUUCCAGCAUUUGUUCCUCUCCCAUUCCCAUAAAGCAGUUGUGUUUCUUUUUGUAAGCACUCUGCUGAACACACCAGAAGUGUGUAUGGCAUUGAGGAGACAGGACAUUGAGGUCAUUACGACUGAUUAAAUAGGUCCUGAUUUAUUAACACCUUCUGAAGGAAAACUGGAAUUGACACCCGAAUUCCAGUUCAGAGGCGGCAGCCCCGCACUGUCCUUUACUGUGUCAUUCACUCACAGUCAUCUUUUUCACAUCACUGUUAAGAUACUGAUAACGCAUUCUGAGCAGCAUCCUCUUUCCAGACAAGGUUUUAAGCUAAUAUCCUCUUAAAGUUACAUCCAUGGACAUUCAUUAUCUGAUCUAUCACAGGGUUUCAGAGUAUUCUUCUGUCCCAGAGGAUUUUCUCUAUUAUAACUGCAUGCUACUGAAUUUGUAUUCUUAAUAAAUAGGAAACUUAGCACCUUAACUAAAACAGAGCCAAGCAAUGCAGUGAUGUACCAUCACACCGCAAUGUCUUACAUGGCAGCAGUAUCACAUAGGAAGCUUAACUUGAUUCUCCACAUGAAAGAGUAUCUGCCUUGCAAGUAUUUCAAGGUUACUUUGAUAUAGGAAAGAUUCAUAUAGGAAAAAUAACACUUUUGUAAUUCAGGCCCUUAAACCCACCCUUAUUUAGCCUGACUGUCAGAGCUGCUGUGUAGCUGCAGCUCGUUGCAGCUCAGAAAUGCUCAUCAUGCUGAAAACCAGGGAACAGAUUUCACUGUGUGAAUAAGCUCAGUGCUGGUUGCUUCCACUGAGCUAUUGUCCUUUGGCUACUCUGCCAUGGGGAAGGGAGGCAAGGUUUUGGGGGCAAGGGCUGUGUGGUCACUGGAGGAAAGGGCAGGGAGGAGCAUGUAGGAUGGUCACUGUGUAGGUAACUUUGUGCUUUUUAUGUCAGCAUUUAUGGUCUGGUCACUUCCAAUUCUGCACUUCUGGGUGUCAAACUUCCUUCAGUUGAUACAUCCAUGCACAUUUCCCAUUCUCAGACUACUUCUGCUCUCUUCACAGCACAUGCGAAACAAGGUCAGAGAGAAUUAACCUUCCUUGUGUGGAGGCAAGGAUGCCCUGUUCGUUCUGUCUUACAAAAGAUGAGACUAGAUAAAGGGAAGGAGAAGGCAAAAGAAGCUUGUCAGUGUUUCUCUGUAUUGCUUGCAGAGCUGUCAGUUGUUCUCUAUCCCCUUUCUCUUGCCUCAUCUUCAUACUUCAUUUCAGUAGCUCCUUCUGGCAUUAGGUGCCAGAGCAACGAGACAAACCUCUUAAGAACAUGCUCAAAACCAUGAAAGCUCAUGCAUAAGGGCUCAUGUGCUUCCACUGUACCAGAAGCAGAAGGGAGUGGCUGAGCCCAGAGAUGCUUUAGUUUUUCAGUCUCUUCUACAGUUCCCAAGGUAGGUGGAAAAGCCUCUUCCUUACAAAUUAUCAAUCCUAACAUGGGGGAAAGAAUGGAAACUAGAGAGGAACACUGAGUGAAAUCUGUAAUGUUGAACUCACAUGCCCAUUUCCUACAGGAAAGGCAAGCGGGGGGGUCUGCUGUGAUCACAUGUGCACUGAGGCAUCCACACCUCGUCUUGUCCCAGCCAUUUGUUGAAUGUUUUGUGUUCCCUGCAACCCAAGUUAAUUUUGCCUUACAGAAAGCAACCAAAAAUCAGGGGAUGGAUGAUUUAACUGCUUGGGGGUCUCUGUACGUACAGCACAUGGAAGUGAACUUGCAGUAGCAGCCAUACAGCAGUUUUGGGUUGGUUUAAGUUUUUGUCUUGUUUUUUCAAAGUAAUUUGAUUUCAUGGCUUUCUGUAGAAUAUUGUAAUAAUUCUGCUGUAAAUACAAUAAAAUCACGGUUUGCUGA